GCGUUAAACCUGAAAUAAGGAGAAAUAGAAGAAGAUCAUCUGUACGGUUCUAGAUAAACAGGAUCUGAUCUGCUGCAGUCCAGAUGGUGGCAGUAAUGCUCCAUAUAAAUUUGGUGCCAAACUGCCAUAAAAACACAAAAGGAGAAGAAGAAGAAGAUCUCAGUCCGCAGUGUUUUAUAGAGAAACAGGAUCUGAUCUGCUGCAGAUCUUCUUCCUGCUUGAGAUGGCUGCAUUCGUCGAGGGUUGUUACAGGCCGUACCUGCUGUGUCCCGUCUGUAAGAAGACCCGCUGGAACCUGGGGGCUCACCUGAGGAGGCGGUGCAUGAGGGGGAGGUCUGCAGCUGAGGUGGAGAGGGAGGUGGAAAUGGAGAAGAUGACGGCGCAGGAUUUGCUGAGGGACGGUCGGGUGUGGGACUACAGUCUGAUCAGGAGGAUCAUGGAUCAGCCGGAUCCUAUCCGCUGUUUUAUGGCGCAGCUGAAGGACAGGGGGAACGUUGUGGUCAACAUCCCUCCUGAAGCCAUUCCUCCUCUUAUUCCAUAUCUGCCCGAAGCCCCUCCCCCUGCAGUGGGCGUGGCUGAGAGUGAAUCAGAUUCAGAUUCUGAGAGCUCUGGUCCUGAUGUGAGGAAACGAGAGAGCGUGAAUCAGCAGCAGGAGACGGCGUCUGGUUCGGACAGCGAAGAGCCGAGCUCAGUUCGGUCGAGGAAGAAGAGGAAGCGCCAGGAGGAAGAGGAAGAGGAGGAGGAAGAGACCACGACGGACGAUGAGGAAGAGGAAGAUGAGGAUGAACAUACCACCUGGACGUUCUCCAGCAGGAUGAUGGAUGAUGAAGAAGAGGAUGAGGAAGAUGAUGAGGAGGAUGAUGAAGAGAGCAGCUGGAUGCCCAGAACGUCCUCCAGCAGGACGCCGGGUGAUGAAGAGGAGGAUGAUAAAAAGUCCCGCAACACUUCCAGGACGUUCACCAGCAGGAUGACGGAUGACGAGAAGCACCUGACGGAGGGACGUCUCACUUCCUGUUCAGAAAAUGCAGAGAUGCACUACUGCAUGCAGGAAUUUGGGAACGUGGUGGCGGCGAGUGUCCUGCUCAAGAGACUCACCACUCACUCAUAUGAGCAGGAGGAUAACACCACUGAUUCUGCCCCCGAAAACAGGGAACAACAAGCGGCCUAUGAGAAGCUGUUGGAGGCGUGUCCUAUAACGGUGGGCGGGGCUCUGCCGAAGGGGCGGAUGCUAACAGAGCUAACCGGAGCUCACGAGCGCUACUGCAGCGAGCGCUGGCUUAUUGAUCAGCGGCAGCUUCAAUCGAAGAAGAUCCUCCUCGAGUAUUUAAAAUAAAUUACUGUUACUAUCUUAUACAAACAAAAUACUGCUACUCUGAUUAUUAGCGGAUUAUAAGCAGCACCAUCAGUAAACAUCUAUUUUGAAAUUUACAUCUCUUGAAAAAUAAAUCAAGAGUUUGGAGUCCUAUAAAACAGGAAAAUCAAAGGGUUAUUAUAAAAUCACACCACUAAAUUCUUUAAGAUCUUUCUCAUGUGUUCAAAACAUACAUUUCCAGUGAUAUUACUGUAUUAUUGUAAAGUAAUGGGAUGCCAAACUAUAUUCAUUUUUUCAUAAUACACUCGUUCUCCCACUGAACACAAAAAUAGAACUGAGGUAGAAGAAACAUAAAAAUGCUUUUAUUGUGAGUUAAAUUUCCGUUGCAUGGCUGUAAUGUUUAAUUUCCUGUUCUUUAUUAAGAUAAAUGUGCUGUUUUAUAUCAGGUUGUGUUGAUAAUACAUAAUUAUAAAAUCCACUACAUUUUAUUUUAUCUUUGUAAUGUUUCAUUUACUGUUUUUUGCAUGCUUUGUAAUGUAAUCUGUCUUUUUUCUCCUAUUAAAUAAUUGCUGCUCACUUGA